AAAUGCAAAAUCGUCAUCUUGAUCAAGUUUCUUCUCUUCAGACGGUCCAAGGUGGUGAUACUCAAAGUUCUAUUUCGCAACAUCACGCAGAACUUCAAACCAUGCAUCAUAACUUGCAAACAGAGCUUAAAAAUGGUCUUAGAGGGAUACAUGAUGAAUACCUAAAGAUGCUGGAACGACAACAACAACUUGGUAACGAAAUUAAGAGUUCACAAGCUCUUCAGAACCGUCUUACUGAAUUUGAAUCCGAACUCAAUAAGUUACUCAUGAUGAAUGCACAUUUAACAACUGAAAAUACAAGACUUUUAGACGAAAACCAUAACAUCAGAUUAGAGAUAUCUAAUAAUAAAGACAAAACUUUACGUGCUGAAAAGGACCUUGAUUUGAUUCGAAACACGGUAAAAUCGGUAGAAACACAAAAGGCUGCACUGAAUGACAUGAAUAAAAACCUGGAAAACAAAAUACGUAAUCUACAAAAUUCGCAUAAUGAAAUUUAUAAAGAAUGUAAUGCAUUACAACAACAAAAAGAUGAACUUAAUGUUAAGCUUGUUCAAAUAGAAGCAGAUCUCUCCGAGUCGAAACUAAAAAAUCAAGAAUUAGAGCAUAAAAUACUCAUGGAAGAUAGUUCUUCUAAAACUAAAGAAGAUAACUUACGGAAACAACUACAAGAAGCUAAUCAACAAAUCAUCGAACUUCGUGCAGACCAACGUCGAGUAAAAGAACUCGAAAAUGAAAUAGAAACUCUUAAAAGCAAUGAGUCUGUCCAGUUAAAGUCAAAGAGUAAGGAAAUUGAUGGAUUGAACAAUCAAAUAGCUCAACUUAACCGGAGAGUCAAUGAACUUGAUAAUAGUCGGUCCGAAUUACAACAAAACAAUCAGAAAGAAAUUGCAUCACUCCGUGCUUCCAAGCAGGAAUUGUUACAACUCCAUGACCGCAAUAAAACCCUUGAAGAUGAAAUUUCUAAUGCACGUAAGCAUAAUAAAGAGCUUGAAAAUAAAGUUGAUGAACUUGAAGCAAGUCUUGUUGAAUAUAAGAACAUUCGAGAAGAGUUCGAAAAUGUCAACCGGAGAGUAAAGAGCAUGGUAGAUUUUGAAGCCCAGUAUAACGAAAAAGUUGAAGAGUUUAAUAGACUUCGUUUAAGAGUUCAAAAAUUGGAAUAUGCAGAAAAGGAUCUUAAAUUCACUCUUGAAGAUAAGAAAGAAUUAUUAAAUCGUGUAGAAGCAUUAGAAGCAGAAAAUAAAAUGCUGUUAGAAAAUAAUCGAUCACAAAAGAACGCGAAUGCUACGUCAAAUACGUAUUCAUAUGGACCUAAAAUGAACGAGUAUGAAGAUCGAAUGAUCUCAAGGGAUCAUCCACCUUUGUAUAACAAUCAACCUAACGGGAACUUAGAACAAGCACAUUACAAUUCCCGGGUGAAACCGUUUAGUAGUGAAUACAAUUAUCAGACAUUCAGUCAGUCACCUGCUAAUGGUGGUAUUAAUUUAACACAACAAACAACAUCCAUGCCACAUAUGAUAAAUGGAGCUACACAACAACAGCAACCAUCUCAGCAUCAACCAUUUAUUCCUCAAACACAAACAUUUGUUCCCUCUGUGCCUAUCCGUUCAAAUACUCCCGUUCCGUCACAGAAAAUGCCGCAAAAGCAGGAUCAACAGCAACUACAACAAUCUCCACUUCCAUCACGACAAACACAACCUAACCAAGAACAAUCUACUGUGAAACAAGAAAGCAAGACUCAUAGUCGUCAAGGUUCUCGUUCAAAUAAUAUUGGAAGUAGCGGAAAGAAGCAGCGCAAUCAGGCUGCAAAGAAGAAAGAUCGAAUUAGAAGAAAUUCGACGACGACGGAAAAUUCGGAUAAUCCAUGGACCAAAAGUGACUCAAAAUUGGCCGACAAGCCUUUUUGGAAUGAGACUUAA